AUGUCAAAAUGGGUGCUUCUGGCGGACCUCAUCAUUGGCAGGGAUGUCUUUCUCAUCGAAAGGCUGGCGUCAGGACCUGAAGCUUCAUCCGAGCCUCUUUCCGCCUUAGCGGGGAAGCUGCCGAGAGACACCUUCAGCCGUCAUCAGGCGUGUCCCUCACUAUAUCCUCUAGAGGCCAUCCUAGAAAUGGACAUCUUCAUAUCACGGAAGCGACGACCGCAUUCCGGCUUGCAAGCAGAGCCAGGCGCACGUAUCGCAGCUAAAACCGCCAUAGAGGAGGAAUCUACCGACUUCAAGUUAGCGCUGCUAGCAUCGCUUCACCCGACUCUUGACGACGAGACAUUGCUUGAAGUUCUGCUAGCCUCGCAAGGGUCAGUCGAGAAUGCUUCCCAAGCACUGAACCAUUCCUACACUACUUCCCCGAGAAAAAGGCCUGCCACCCCCCGAGUUGGUUACCAGUCUUCGCUCGCAUCCUUCUGCAUCACCCUGCCCCAGAGGACCGGCCUCGCAAAGAGACCUUUGACAAAGAGAGGAAAAACAUUAUUCCUGUAUACACCAGAGGACAUCGAGGCCCACACACCAUGUUCGAUCAUCCACAACUUCCUGCCCGCCGAACAGGCCGACGCCUUGCUGGUGGAAUUACUCGAGGAAUCUCCCACCUACUCCAAGCUGGAGUUUAAGCUGUUUGAUAGAGUUGUCAAAAGCCCCCACACAUUCUGUUUCUAUGUUGACAGUUGGGACGAGGCAGAGAGGCAGAAGACUGAGUACAUCUACGACGGCCGAAAGGUCGAUGACGUCCGCCGCACCCUCCCUGAAAUGCGAAAGGCUUCAAAGUCCGUCGAAGAGGCCGUGAAUAGUGAGAUCCAGCGUAGGAUCCGGGACUUUUAUCCAGAUGGGAAGAAACUCAAGUACCAAUCACCAAAUGUCUGGAAACCCAACACCGCUUUUGUGAACUGCUAUGAUGGACCGAAGGAGUGCGUAGGCUACCACUCUGACCAGCUUACCUAUCUCGGUCCCCGCGCAGUCAUCGGCAGUUUGAGUCUAGGCGUAGCUCGUGAGUUUCGAGUACGCAAGAUUCAUGUUGAAGACAGUGAUCUCCGCAAAGAUGAUAGUUCUCUCGCCGAUGCCCAAGGGCAGAUAUCGAUUCAUCUCCCGCACAACUCACUGCUUAUCAUGCACGCAGAGAUGCAGGAGGAGUGGAAGCAUUCAAUAGCUCCAGCUCAGGCGAUAGAUCCACAUCCUCUGGCGAAGAACAAAAGACUGAACAUCACUUAUCGGUGCUACAAACAAAAUCUCCACCCAAACUACACGCCGAAGUGUAAAUGCGGAGUACCCACUGUACUGAGAUGUGUGACGCGGAAGAAAGAGAACAGAGGUAGGUACAUGUGGAUGUGUCAUACAAAUUAUAUUCCUGAGCAGGAUGGGUGUUCGUUUUUCCAAUGGGCGGUAUUUGACGACGACGGCGAGCCCUCAUGGGCAACCAAUUUAAGGACCAAUGCAAAGAAUGGAGAAAAAAUGGAAGGAAAUCCAGAAUUGACAAGAACAAGCUCCGACGACAAUCGAAACUGA